AUGGCUGUUCGAACACAAGUUAAGUUCUACUACGAUGUUCUUUCACCCUAUGCUUGGUUCGGGUUCGAAGCUCUUUGUAGGUAUCAAAAACCAUGGGAUCUGGAUUUGCAACUAAGACCAAUCAACCUGGGAAAGAUCAAGAAGGAAAGUGGUAACAUUUCUCCAGGUCCAUGUGCUGAUGUUUUUAAAGGAUCCUUAUUUUUUCCUGAUGUUCAAAGAACUUCUGAAAUGAUGGAGCUUCCAUACAAGCCUCUAAAGGACUUUGAGGAAAGCGUGUUUAUCAAAGGAUCACUGCCAACUCAGAAGACUUUGGCUGCUUGUCAGAUCCUCUACCCUGAUAACAUGGAAGAACUAACUAGACAAUCAUGGCUUGGUUUAUAUUCUCACGAUAUGGAUAUGACCGACAAGGGUAAUAUCCUACAGUUCGCGGAGGCAGCACAAAUACCAGACGUUGAUAAGCUUCUGGAAUUCAGUGUUGGUAACGAGGCUAAACAACAGCUUAUCAGCAAUACUACUGAAGCGCUAGAAUCAAAGUGUUUUGGAGCUCCGUGGUUUAUGGUAACUAACCCUAAAACGGGGAGAAGGGAGAAAUUCUUUGGACAAGAUAGAGUUGAAAUGUUGGGGUGGGUUCUCGGAAAAGAGUACGUGGGACAUCAUCCUUCACAAUAGAAUCGGAAACGAAUGAAACAACAGUCCCUGAUGUUGAUUAUAAAUUUGAGUCAAUCUGCUCUCGAUCAGUAUACUUGAAUUGAUAUAAUUUUUAAUAAUAUGUAAAAUUCAGACGAUUUUUGUAAAAUUAACAGAAGUUUUUCAAGAUUUGAUUAAAAUUUUAAUUUCAUCGAUUUUUUCAAAUUCUCAUUGCCGCAGUCAGCAUUAUAGUUAUUAAAUUUACUGUGUUGCAAAACAACCAACAUCGUGAAUUAACUCAUAAAACCUUUGGACAGUCAUGGCAGUUCGUACACAAGUAAAAUUCUAUUACGAUAUUCUGUCCCCCUAUGCUUGGUUCGGGUUUGAAAAUCUCUGCCGGUAUCAAAAACCUUGGGACCUCGACCUACAGCUCAGACCCAUGAACAUUUGGAAAAUAAUGAGCGAAAGUGGCAACACUGGUCCAUGGAGGAAUCCCUCCAAAUUUUCGUUCAUGAACCGCGACACUCAAAUGGUGGCGGAGAUGUUGGACCUCCCGUAUAAACCAUCAUCUAACUUUGCAGAGGCAGCCGCAGUAAGGGGUUCUUUUCCAACACUGAAAACUCUGGCUGCCUGCCAGAUUCUAUAUCCUGAUCAUUUGGAAGAGUUGUCAAGGCAGUCGUGGCUUGGCUUGUAUUCUAGAGAUAUCGACAUAACUGACGAAGGUAACAUACGGCACUUUGCUCGUGCAGCUCAAAUACCUGAUGUUGACAAACUCAUCGAAUUCAGUUCUUGUAACGAAGCCAAACAGCAAUUAGUUGACAACACUACUGAAGCUUUAGAUUCCAAGUGUUUCGGGGCUCCGUGGUACACGGUAACCAACCCUACAACCGGAAAAAGAGAGAAGUUCUUCGGACACGACAGGGUUGAAAUGUUGGGAUGGGUAAUUGGGAAAGAGUAUAAGGGACACCAUCCUCCACAAUAGGAAAUAUCCUACAUAUCCUACAUCCUCCACAGAGUUCAUAAAAACAGAAUGCAAAGAGUUUUAGGAUGAAUGAUCACAAUAGCUCUCGGAUACAAUGAAAUUGAUUUUUUACCUGAUUUAUCUAAUUUAUUGUUUGAAAUUAAAAGCUUUUUUACUGAAUGGAAAAGCUAUCUAAUAGAAACAUUAAUCUUUUGUUAAUUUUAUCAUUAUGUAUGAUAAUCCGAUCAUCGGUAUGUACCGAUCAAGUAUUUUUAGACCCAAUUUUUCGUGUCAUGUACUAAACCGGUGUUCUUUGUAUCAUUUGAACUGUUUUGAUUUGAUGAUGUUAAGAUUUAAACGCUUCAACUUUA